AUGCGCCGUGCGGGCCCCUCUGCCUGUGGGCGCCUCUUCUUUGACGCACUUGCCGGCAUCCGGAGCUCUGGCCAUGCGAGUAGCAUGCAGCACCGCUGCGCCUUGCUGCCACCCGUAGACCGCAUUGGGGGGGCAGGCGAAACAAGUCUUCCCCGCACACCGUACCGUUUUGCUGUGAAAGACGAGGAACGGGGCUUGUACGACCACGGUCUCACCCCUGACGCACGGCUUUUGAUGGCGGAAGCGGAAGCACAGUACAAGGCGAGUGCCGACUACUUACAUGCACCACCGGGUGGUCUGGCCCCUGCGGAGCUGCACUUGGAUGCGGACGGAGAGACGGUUUCGUGCAUUGCCGCCCCCUUUGCGGAGGAGUAUGUGCCAUCGCACAAGGAACGUUACGCCCAUCGUGGGCAUGUGGGCGAACUCAGCAUGCAACGUGUGGCGGAGCCCAAGUUUUUAUUGAAUGCACACGCGGAGUUAAACCUGCGCAAGGAACGCCAGUUGUGCGAGGUGAUGUCCUCCCCAAUGCCGUCGCUCCAAAAGGCAGGGGAGGUGGAGCGUUUGCUGUAUGAUUUUUACCUCCAGCAGUUUGCCGUCUCGUCCCGCAAUGUUGAGGCCAUCAUUGCAUUGUGGGCCCAAUGCAGCGUGGAGGAACGCCUUGCAGGACAUGCACAGGUGCCGCAGUUGACGUCAUCUACUACUGCUGGGGGAAGUCGUGUUGAUUCCGUAGCAGCAGUCGAUGCGGUGCCAUUUUUGCCUGCCAUGAAGCGACUAUACUUUCACGCCCGUCAGACGCACGUUGCUCCCACACCGCUGGUUCUUGAAUGUCUCAUGACGACGUUGGCAGCUGCGAGUUCACCAGACAGUCGUGUCUUUCACUUCUCCAAUCGUUUGCUCCUAGACGCUGACAAGUAUGUUGUGCUGCCAACUCGCACGACGUAUGCUGCGUUUUUUGCCAUCUGCAGUCUUCAUAACGCUAUGUCCUUUGCCGUGGUACGCUUCAAGGAUGCUGUGGUGAGUCUGCACGUUGCCGUGGACGCCACUAUGGCGACAGCGCUUCUGAAAGGGCUCUGUCAGAAUGGAUUAGUGGAGGAGGCGCUUGCGCUGUUGGCUCGCAUUGAGCACGUUCCCUUGGACGUCCAGCUUCUUAAUGCCACCAUAGAAGUACUUCUUCUUUCUCCACAACCGCAGGCAUGCUUUUCUGCGUUUGAUGCGACACAGUCGUGCUCUGUGCGGCCGAAUGCAGAGACGUAUUCGCUUCUCCUUCUCGCAUGUGAACGUUCAGGCCUUUGGUGCCGAACCACCGCCAUCCUCGCCGACAUGCAGCGACGUCGUGUGAAGGGUGACACCAAAACGCUUAAUUUGCUACUGAAGGGACUUCUUACGGAGCGACUGCACGACUACGCCCGCCAGCUGUAUGACACGAUGGUGACGAAGAAGGUGGAGGUGUGGCCUGCCUUGGAAUCUCACAUGCGCCUUCCAGGAAAGCAUAAGAGUAGGAGGAGGCCGCAGCAACCUUCCCGACCGGACUCACCUGCUCGCACCUCAGAGCCGUGCUGA